AUGGGCCAGAGUGUGUCCUUCCAGGACGACGCUGGACUCGACGAAGAUGUGCUGAUUCCGGGCGCCUAUAAAACUUCUUUCAUAGGUGCACCUGCAAGCUCGGCUCCAGUGGAUUCCGAAGCACCACCGUUCGUACCUAUCGAUCCGACCAUUUACUUGCCAGGAAAGCCUCAGGAGCCGACUCCAGAUUCUGGGCGCGACAACGCGAGCCUAACCGAAGCGACAUGCUCUACAGAGCUGGACGAAAGCACGGCCAGAAUCGACACAAUUAACAUACAUGGCGGUACUUUCAAUGACGUCGGAGGAGAUUACAUCUAUACGAUCAACAACUUCUUCAACCCUCUGUAUGCGGAUGAUCCUUGGUCAUCUGCGCCAGGGCCCAAACCUCCAGAUGUACAAGCCAUGAAGGUUGGGAAGAUUGUGGAGUGGCUCUCUCCCAUUAUCAACUUCCGAGCCACACAGGUUGAAGUACGAGAGAGAAGGACGCCCGGCACAGGCGCUUGGCUGUUACAGGGGGAACUGUACAAUGAGUGGAAGUCGGGAGUUCUGCGCGUCAUCUGGGGAGUAGGCAUGGCCGGGGCGGGAAAGACUGUACUCGCAUCAAGCAUCAUUGACGACCUGCUUCAGAUUGAGAGGACGUCCAGCGGUUGUGUUAGCGUCGUCUUUGCUUAUUGUCGUUGCACCGAUGCACUCUCCGUAAAGGAGAUACUAGCUGCAUUCCUGAAGCAAUACCUAGAGCACCACCCCGAACUUGUGAAGCUGGUUGAACCCAUGUACCUGCACCACAGGCGGGACAAGACCUACCCAUCGCAGGACGAACUUAUCACCCUCCUUCGAGGGAUCGAGACGAUGUUUGUUGUCUCCUUCUACGUCGUCGAAGGGCUUGACGAAGCCCUUAAUAACACCCAAUUUGACUUGAUUAGCGCACUUUCCUUGUUAAAGGGAAAGUUCGUGAUUACCUCUCGACCCCUCGCUCAUUCGGAGUCAGAUAUCCCCUCCGCCAAGUUCUUCACGAUCGUCGCGCGCGCAGAAGAUAUCCGAUUGGCGCUCAAUCAGAAGCUCGUCCUUAAUCCCAGGUUUCGGAGGCUUAUCGAACAGCACCGAUGCAAGGAAGAAAUCACUUCCAAGAUUAUCCAAAAGUCUAACGGCAUGUUCCUCCAUGCCGCCCUUCAGAUUGAAGCGCUCCAGCAAUGUUUGACUAUAACCAGCCUACGCGCGAGCCUGGAGCAGUUUCCCAACAAAAUGACGGAUAUGUAUCGGACAACGCUACAGAGGGUGGAGAACCAAUCCCCCGAGCAUUCUGCCCUCGCGAAAAGGGUCCUCCUGUGGGUUAACUAUGCCCAAUGCCCGCUGUCUGUCCGGGACAUACAAUGCGCGCUAGCGAUUUGCCCACAGACGGAUACCUUCAAGAAGGAUUUGGUAGUAGAUGAAGCUACGCUGAUCGCAGUUUGCUACGGCUUGAUUGGUGUAGAGAAGACCGGGACUGUGCAUCUGAUUCAUUCCACGGCUAGAGACUUCGUAUCUCAAUUCUUGCGGGGCAUAUAUCGCAAUCCUCACGAGGUACUGGCCAGAACGUCUAUUCAAAGACUCGUGGCGUGCAAAUUGAUCGAAUCCGACGAGGCCUUCGAGGAGUGGGACCUUGAAGACGCCUUCGCCCAGUAUCCCCUCCUUCAGUACUCCUACAACUACUGGGCUUUCCACGCGAAGAAAUGCCAAAGCGAUCCCGAAUUCGACGCUUUGCUCCGCUUCUUUAUGUCGAAAUGCGCCGCCUUCCCCUGCAAUCUCGCCCAAGACGAUUGGGAAUGGAACGAAGGAACCCUCGACCUCCUCAAACCCCUUCACUUGGCUGCCCGACACGGCUUCCAUCAGUUUAUCCCCGAGUUUCUGUUGCUGGAGGGGCAAAGUCAGGAGCACAGCUGGUCCGCCCUCAAUUCCCGAACCAGGGGCAAGUUUGGCGCCACUGCGCUGAUGCUAGCUUCCCAUUACAACCAUACGACGGCCGUCAAAGUACUCGUCCGGGUACGGGGAAUCAAUGUCAACGCGGUGAACGGCAGCGGAAGGACCGCACUUCAUUUGGCUGCCAGGAAAGGCCAUGAACUGGCCGUUCGCUGCUUGCUCCAGGCAAGGGACAUCGACCCUAACGCUGUGGACGAGGAGGGGUACACGCCAUUGAUGCUAGCUGCGGAAAAGGGGCAUGUGGGAGUUGUGAGGGUUUUGGCCCGGGUUCCAGGAGUUCAGCCCAAUGUUGCAACCGUCCAGCACCGGCAGACUGCGCUAAUGUUGGCUGCGGAGGGCGGGUUUGAAGACGCCGUUAGAAUCUUGCUCCGAGUCGGAGGGACCGACGUCAAUAUGAGGGACUGGGAUGGCCCCAAUCGGCGCUAA